AUGUAAUCUCCAAAUGUCAGGAUGAAGCAUCCUUCUAAAACCAUUGUUAUCAAAAAAAACACCUUAUUGCUUUAAUCUGCAGAUAAUGGAUUCCAGAAAUAAAGAUCACAAAGAUUAAGCAAAUCAAUUAGAAGAAGAAGAGGAAAUGUUUUAGAUAAAUAGGAACUUUGUUAAAUUAAUAAAUUUGCUUUAAAGCUCUAAGCUAGUUCUGAUUCAGAAUCUGAUAGUGAUGUUUCAAUAAGAAAAUCAGGAUAAUCUGGAAGCUCUAAUUCAAGCAUAAAAUCUGUAAAAACAAUUAAAUCACGCUCUUCCAAAAGAAUUAGAGGAAAUCUAAGUUAAUACACUUAAGACCUAUUUUCUACAAUAAUAAGAAAGACAGAAAGCCAAAGAGAUUAGCAAAAGUAGAAAUAUUAGAAAAUGUAUUUAGGGAGGAAAUUUAGUAAAAAUUAUUUGAAAGAAUGGCUGAUUAGGCUACAGCUGAGAACUAUUUACUCCACUAAAAAUUAGAAUAGUUUGAUCAGUCCUAUAAGAUUAACAAUUUAUUAUAAUAAGAUGAAAAAGAUUCGUAGCAUUAUUCUCAAAUUUUUUCUAACCUUUCAAAUGAAGAUAAAUAAUCAGAUAAUUCAGAUACAAGUGUUUAGAUCUAAGAGGAUUAAGAUAUAUUGAGAAUUUAAUAAGAAAUGGAAAAUAAUUGUCAUAGUCCCAAUAUGUCCAUUUUAACUCCUAUAGCUGAAAUGAGUGUAAACCAAUAAUUUUAAUAAGUCAACCUAUUUAAAACCCAGACUCACAAAUUUACGUAUCUCGCUCGCUGGUUUUAGCCCUUUAACAGUUACUGAGUAAUCUUCAUCUUCUAUUGAUGUAUUUUAAAUAAUCAUCUAUUAGGAGGAUUACGAUUAUUAAAAAAUAUUGUCAUAUUAAUUUGACAAAAUUUAUUAAAAAUUAAGUUAUAUUAAUGGGGCCUAAUUUAUCAAGUAUAGAAAACUAGAAAGUUUCCGUAAAUAUCAUUUGAUAUAUGUAAUAAUAAAAAAUAAUUGAGAGUUCAUAUAUAGAUAAUUACAUGAUGUUAAAAUUUAGAAAAAUUUUACUUUAUAUUUAUUUAAUUACAAGGAGACUUUCUAAAAUUAUUGUUAGAUCUAGAUUAUAUUAAUUUAUAUUGACUUUAGUAACAUUAGGAAACAUAGCAAUUUUUAUAUCGGAACAUCUUGUUGAUGAGGAUAAUAAAUAUUAAGAAUAUAGUUUUAGUAAAUAUUUUAUUUUGAGAGUUAGCUUUUUUAUAAUUUUAUGUGGUAGAUAUAUUUUUACAACUUUUGGCAUAUGGAGUGUUUCGUACUAAAUUCAUUUUUCUUUCUAGAAUAAUUGAUGCUUUUUUAAUUAUUCUGUAUUAUUAUCAUUUGACUUAUUCUCAAACAAUUAUAGAUAUAUCUCCAUUAAGAAUGAUAAGAUUAUUGAGGCACUUAGGGGCCAUUUUUGAAGGUACAUAAAUUUUGAUAAUAUGAAAGGAUUAUAGAAAAUGAUUGAAGCAUUAAUAGAAUCUUUGAAAUUUAUUUUAGAAUCAACAGCGAUUGUAAUUUUAUUUGUUUUAUUUUUUGCAUCUUUAGGAACAUCAUUAUUUAUGGGUUUAUUUAAUGAAAGAUGUUUACCUUCAGAUGAAUCAGAUUGGAUAUAAUGUAGAGAAGGCUAUUGUUCUGAUGGGACAAUAUGUUAGGUUACAAGUAAAUCAUAUAAUAUUCCAACAAAUUUUAAUAAUAUAAUUUAUUCAUUUGGACUUAUUUUAAAGACUGUUACAAUGGAUGAUUGGAGUUGGGUUAUGUAUUACACAAUUAGAGCAUUUCAUCCUAUUGUUUGGAUUUAUUAUGUUUUAAUUAUAUUUGUUGGUGGAUUUUUUGGAUUCAAUCUUCCAAUAGCUGUAUUUAAGACACAUUUUAGUGAAAUGUAAUUUAGAGAAAAUUAAUAUACAGAACAAGAAGAGAAUGUAAUUAGUAAAUCAAAUUUAAAUCGGAUUGGUUUUCAUCAAAUAAUUAUUUAAAUGAAUCAAUUUUUAUUUUCGAAUUCUCAAGAUAUCUUAUUAAAUGAACCUAGAAAUAGAAAAUUAUCAUAAUCUUAAAAUCCAUAGCUUAGAAUCUUAUUAGGGAGUGUAUUAAAUGAAAAUAGAAUUAACACAAGCAAUUUUACUUAAUUAAAAAAUUAGAUUAAAAAUUUUUCAUUAAAAUUCUUUCUACUUCCUAAAUUAUCAAUUCUUUAAAAGAAUUUCCUUAUGUUGGAUCUUAAAAAAUUUACUCAAGAUUAAAAAAUUUAAGUUAUAAUAAAAUAAUUUAGUAGAUCAUCUUUUUUACUAGAAAAGUUUAUAGACUAUAAAUAUUAAUAUAUUUAAACUAGUUAAUUAGAUAUUUUAAGAAAGUCCCUUUUUCAAGUGUUAAAAAAAACAGAAAAUUAAAAUUGUUAGAGUGAAAAAAAAAAAUUAUUCUAUUACAAGCUAAUUUAAAAGAAAAAAACCUUAAUAUAAAGUUAGCGUGUAAAAUCAUGUAAAUCAGAAUAGUUAGGAGUUUCUCCUUUAAAUAAUUAGAAAUCUCAAGCUUAAUUACCAAUGAAAACAUCAAAAAGAAUGAAAAGAGAUAAUUUAAAUCAUUCUGAGAUUCAUGGUUAAAAAUCAAGUUCAGAAUCUUCUUCUUUAAAUUAAGGGUUGUUACAUAAUAAAGAAAUAGAAAAAUAGAGAAGAAAGUUUCCUUAUUUUAUGAGUGGAUAAUAAUAUAUUCCAAAAAAGUCUGUAUGUAAACCUUUCACAAUAUAUAAUUGUGGUGAAUUAAAAGUACUUUUAAAUGGGACAUAUUUAGAUUAUUAGGAUAUAGAGAAAAGGAUAAAUUCAAAAAUAGUAAAUAAAGCAUAAGAUAAACCUAGAUGUUAAGAGAAAUUUAUAAAAAUAAAGAGAAAAGAGUUUUAAAAAAGAUUGAUAAAAUCAAGGCAUUGGUCUGGAAACAAUGUAUUAACAAAUAGUUUAUCUUUGAUAAAGAAAUUUGAUGAUAUAUUUUAAGAAUUGAAUGUAAGAGAUAUAGAAAUUUGGCAUAGAUCUUUUAGUGGAAUAUUGAAGACUUUAUGGAAGUAUGCUUUUAGAAUAAUACAUUUUAAAUUAACAAAAUUAUUUUUUGAUCUUACAAUUUUGAUUAAUACAUUAUUUUUAGCUUCUUAGGGUUUAAUAGAAAGAUAUAUAAUUGAUAAAGUAGAAGAUAUAGCAACGAUAUUAUUAUCAACUGAGAUUAUUUUAUAAUUGAUCGUACAUAAGCCAAGUAAUAAAUUAUAAAGAUAUUAGGAAGUCUAACAAAAAAUAAACAUCAUGUUAUAGAAUUGCUGAUAGUAAUAUUAAGUUUAAUAGAGUUUGGAUUUAGUAACUAUUUGAAUGUAAGUGAAUAAUAUUUAAGAUUGAUGAGAUCUACAAAAUGUUUAUUAUUUUAUAGAUGCAUAGGAUAUAUAUAAAUGGCUCGAAUAAUUGGUGCAAUAGCAUAAAUAACAUAUAAAUCAUAUAUAUAUUUGGCAUUUUUAAUGUUCUUUAUGAUUUUGACAUUUGGAUUAAUUGGAAUGGAACUAUAUGCUCAUAGAUUUAAUCAAUAUCAUAUGGAAGGAUAUAUGCAUUCAUUUGAUGAUCCAGCAAAAGCAUUUAUGACAGUAUUUAAUAUAAUGACAAAUGAUGAUUGGUUUGGAGUUUAUAAAAUUGGAACAGAAGUGUAGACAGAAUUAUCAAUUACUUAUUCUAUUGGAUUAGUGUUUACAUUAAACUAUUUUAUUUAUGGUAUAAUGAUGGCAAUCUUAUUGGAUGGAUUUAGUUAAUAUUUAGAAAGAGAAUCUACAAAUGAACAUAAUGAAUUCUUAAAAAACAAGAUUAAAUAAAUUGAUAAACUUAAUAAAUAAUUAGAUUCUGAACAUUCUGAUAAUGAUUCAGAAUCUGGAUCAGAAUCCAAUUCAUGUUCUUCAUCUGAUCUAUAAUAUUAGGAUUAAGUUAAUAAUCAAUAAGGUUUUAUCAAUAAAUUUAAUGAUCGAAAUUAAAGCAUGUCUCCUGAAAAUUUACAAGCAUCAUCCAGUAAUUUUAGAGAUUAUCAUUAAAAUCUAUAUUUGUAAAGGGAUAGUAAUUUUACAGAAAAGAUAUUUCAUUCACUUUAAUUUCCAAUAGCUAAAACUAGAAAAAUGGAAUUAUAGGAUGAAUAGAAAAAGAAAAUUAAAGAUGACUUUAGAAGAUUAAAGAGUAAAAUCAAUAUGAUUAAAUUGAAGACUAAUGAAUCUAAAACUAUUAAAUAUCUUUAAGAAAAUGUAGAAUAGAUCUUUAAGAAAACCUUUAGACACAAUCAUAAAUUAUAUGCUGGAGUUGAAUGUAUGUAAUCCUAUUAUUGUUUUAAAAAAUCAAAUCCCUUAAGAAAAAUUUUCUUCAGAAUAAGCUUUAGCAUUUAUACAAAAUAUUUUAUUGAUUUCAUUUUAUUUCUUUCUAUUAUCUAUUUAGCACUUCCAAAGAAUAUUUAAUAAACACCAUUAUUAGUAACAAUAUUAUUUAUUUUGAAUUCAACUAUUUUUAUAGAAUUUUUAAUAAAAUCUAUUGCAUAAGGGGUGUUUUUAGAUAGGGGAUCAUAUUUAAAUGUAAAUAUUUUUAAUAUAAUAGUAUACUUGGAAAAUAGUUGAUUUAAUUUACAUCAUUGUUUAUUAUGUAGAAUUUUUUAAUAUUGUUUAUUUGCCAAUUUUUGUAGUUAUUGAGACAUUUUUAUUUUUUAGACCAUUAAAAUUAUUAUAUAGAAUAAAAUGGGUUGCUAGAAUAAGAGCAGCUUUAACUCAAUCUUUAUUUGAUAUUAUAAAUGUGUUUGUAGUAUUACUUUUAGUAUGGUUAAUGUUUGCUGUAUUUUCAAUGAUGUUAUAUGCAGGUAAAAUGGGAUUUUGUGAGGAAUAAAUAAAUUAUGAUAUAGGAUAAGAAGAAUGUAUAAGAUAAGGUAAGGAAUGGAGAGUGUAUAAACAUAAUUUCGAUAAUAUAACAACUGCUUUACCUGUUUUAUUUAUAAUAUCUACAUUUGAUGGAUGGGGUUCAAUAUUAUGGGUAUCAUAAAAUAGUAGAGAAGCAUCUGAUGGUCCACAUCCUUAUUAUAGUUAGAUUCCAACUUAUAUCUUUUAUUCAGCAUUUUGUACUGUUGGAUCUAUGUUUUUCUUAUAGUUAUUCACUGGUGUAUUAUUUAUUAAUUUAAAAGCUAAUUCAAAAGAAAUGGAAAAUUAAUAAUUAACAUAAGCUUAAUUAGAAUAUAUAAAUGUUUCAGAAAUCAUUUUACAUGAUCAUCCUAUUAGAGCAUCAUUACCAAAAUCAGAAGUAAGAAGGUUUUUAAAUAUAUUAAUUAUGAAUAAAUACAUGGAUUUAUGUAUGUUUACUAUUUUAUUAGUAAAUUGUGUUACAAUAAUGAUGAUUCAUCAUUCAGCUGAUGAUCUUUAUAAUGGUAGAAUUAAUUAAAUUCAUCAUACUUGUACUAUAAUAUUUGCCACUUGGUUAUUGCUUUAAUUAAUAAAUUUAGGAAUCAAUAGAUUUAAAGAUAAUUUAUGGAGACUCUAUAUAUCUUUAGUAAUUAUUUUAGGAGUCAUUGAUUUAAUUCUUGAUUAUAAAUUUAAUUGGUUUGAAUUCUAUUGUAAUUCGACAUAAUUAAGUGAAUUUUAUUAAUUAUUAAGAAUCUUAUAUACACUUAGAAAUUUAAGAAUCAUAAUAAUAUUUUAAGGUUUGUAGAAUUUAUAAAGAUUAGUAAGAGUUAUGUCAUUUGCAUUACCAUUUAUGCUUAAGAUUCUAUUCAUUCUUUUAACAAUAAUGAUUGUAUUUGCAUUUUAUGGUGUAAUGCUAUAUGGAACAAUAGAUAAAGGUGAAGUUAUUAAUGAUUUAAUAAAUUUUUCUAAUUUUUGGUUAGCUAUGCUUACACUUUUUAAAUGCGUUAGUGGAGAUGAUUUUAGAUCUAUUAUGAAUGAUUGUAUGCAUCAUAAUCCAUAUUGUUCUGAAAAUCCUAAAUAUUGUGGAUCACCAUAUGCUUAAAUCUAUUUUAUAUCUUUUAUGUUAAUAUCUAAUUAUGUUUUAUUAAAUUUAUUUGUCUUAGCUAUGAUAGAAUAAUUUGAAUUUUUCUUUAAUAAUUAAGAUUCUAUACUUUAAACAUAUGUUGAAAAUAUAGAUACUUUCAGAAAAACAUGGUUCAAAUAUUCAAGAUAGAAUGGACAAGUAUUAAAUAUUAGAUCCCUACCUCAUUUAUUAAUUGAAAUCAAAGAACCAUUAGGAUGUAAAACUUAUGAUAAUUUAUGGGAUGCUGCUAAAAUGAGUUCAAAAUUUAAUUUAUUUUGUGAUACUGGAGAUAAUAUAUCUUAUAAUUAAUUAUUAUACGAGAUUUUUUAUCAUAGAUACUAAAAUCAAAUAUUUGAAUAAUGUUCUGAAAUGGCUGCUUAAAAGAUGUCUUAAUUUCAUAAAACUAUGCUUUUUAGAUUAGCUUAUUAUAGAAGAAGUUUAAAAUAAAGAAGAACAAAUAUUGGACCAUAACUUCAACUAGAAGGCAAUGGUAAUAUCUUACAUGUUUUAUUAAUGACAUUAAUUACUUUCAAAGUUUGGAGAUCCUAUACAUAACAGAUCAUAUCUAAUAUCAUUACUGAUUAACAAUAUUUAUCAGAAAGAACUUUCAAAGAUACUGAGCCAAUCAAACAUUCUAUUACAUUAAAAAGCAUAGAAAGUUAAGAAUCUAGAAUCAAAUUAAAUGAUAAUCCUGUUUAUUAAAAAAAAAGAAUGGGAAGAAUGAAAAGAGUCUCAUUAUAAGGUUAAAUCAAUGACUAUUUACCUGGAGAUUGCAUUAAUGUAUAUAUUUUUUCAUUUAUUUACCUAGCCAAAACCUGUUCUUUUAAAAAGAAAAGGUAGUUACGGAGUUGAAGAAGGAAACAUAUAAAAAAUUUAUCUUUCAAGUAAAAUAUAAAAAAUUUAAAAGAUGUAUAAAAUUAUAUGA